GGAAUGUCAAGUAAAGUCAAGUUGUAAACUAAAAAAAUACGAAAUACAAACUUCCCUGCUUACAUCACUAUCGCUGUAAUGUAAAUGUGCGGAUGAUGAUUAGUGAUAUAAUUAAUUUGUCGUUUAAUUUCUGCGAUUAAUAACGAAUUUAUUGCUAAAUUCACGCCCACGACUUUGACGUUUCGUUUGGUAUUGUUAUAAAUGAAAAAGUCGACGAAAGAGAUCGUUCCAACGAUAUAACGUCGCGUUUUUAGGCAAUGGUUGUAGUAAGUGGUAACUGGGUAAAAAAUGUCGCCACUUAUCCGCCAUCCAAUGUUAUUAGUGAUGUAGUAAUAACCGCCGAUAGAAUGGAACCCAAAGCGAUUUUAACUUGCCGCCCCAAUUCGCACCAUUUCCAAGACAGGACCCUCGUACUCGAUCAGCCCGCCAAAGUGGGCAGGUCCGUAGCCAGGCUCAAACCUACGCCCAAUAACGCUAUAUUCGAUUGCAAAGUCCUAUCCAGACAUCAUGCCCUACUUUGGUAUGAAAACGGAAUUUUCUACCUGCAGGAUACCAAAAGCAGCAACGGAACGUUCGUUAACAACAGCAGGUUAAACCCGGAGAACAGCAUCCACGAAUUGAGCUCCGGCGAUAUAGUCCAAUUCGGCGUCGACGUCGUGGAGAACAACAAAAAAGUCACCCACGGUUGCAUCAUCGCCACCAUCAAGCUCUAUUUGCCCGAUGGGAAAGAGGCCAAAGCCAGUCCGAUCAACGAAGGCGGUAUGCCGGGUAUGGUGCCCCUCGACGACCUCUACCGCCUGAACCAGAUACUGCAGGAGGCGAACCAGCGCGAGCAAUGCCUCGAAUCGAAGCUGUCGGCGCUGCAGCACGUCGUGGACGAGACCAGGAAAUCGGCGGAGGAGAGUUGGCAAGCGUAUGUCGGCGAGGAGCGCCUGUUGUCGCGAGUGUCCGCGCUGGAGACGCAAUUGCAACAGGCCAAUAAGAACGCGGGCGACGACAGACUGAGAGAGAGCUUGGCGAGACUCCAGGCCGAGAAGGAGACAUAUCAAGUGGCUGCGAAGGAGGCGUUGGAUAAAUUGCACGCGGAACGAUUGGAGGCCGUUACGAUGGCGAUGGAGCAGGAGAGGGCGAGGAUAUCGGCCGAGCACGAUGCAAUGUUGGCUAAAGAACAGUGGAGUCAAGCACAGGCUGAUUUGGAGGAGUUGGCGAGGAAGUACAGCGAACAAAGAACUGAAAGUCACGAGCAAAGGACCAAAUUAGAACAAAUUAUACAAGAAUUAGAAGCGAAAUUAGAAGCUCAAGAGAGUUUUUUCAUCGAUCGAGAAAUUUACCCUUGUUUCGAUGCGAAAAUACAAAACAACGAAUCUAUAGCUGAUAAGCAAUCGGAUCUCAUUUACAACGCCGACGUAAAGUCCGAAAAGGGCGUAAUUUGCGAUAACGAUGAAAAAGAAUCUCUGUUGAAUCAAUCGAACGGUUUGGGCAGUCAUAUUAACCUAACUGUGGGGCCCGUCGAAGAAAAAUACGAAUCCGAGAAGGCUUUAGAACCGAACGCGGACGAGCAGAACUCGAACGAUCUGAGAAACGAAUCUCAAGAUGAACCGAAACGAGUGAAAUUCGAAAUGCCCGACGAAACGGAAUCGUACGAUGGAAACAAAAGUUGUACGGACGGUUCGAUCGAGGUAGAAAUCGAUUCGAAAACGUUAAAAUAUCAAUUCCACGUAGCACAAAGCGAACUAAAAAGCAAAAUCGAAACUCUGGAAUCCAUAGCGAGCGCGCAUAGGAAUAAAAUCGAAGAGCUCGAUAGGGCUUUACAAACCGAACAGACCGUAUCGAAAAACUACCUGCAAGAGAACGAAGUUUUACAACAAGAGCUGGCCUUGUUGAGGCAAAAGUGGAAGGAAUGUUGCAACGAGAAUCAACAACAAAAGAACAAGUUGAUCGGCGUGAAUCAAGAAUUGGAAAUCGCCUUGGGGAAUUUGAAGCAGUCGAACGAGCGGCUGGAGAAGUUCGAAGAGACAUCGGAGAAAUCGUCGGCGUCGCCGGCCGAGCCGAAUCUCCUCAAGUGCGUGGUGACUUUCGAGCAACUGGCCCAGCUCGAGGAGGAGCUGGUGCUGAUCAAGGAGCGUUUCGCGCAAGUCAGCGAGGACAAGUUGCGGCUGAAGCGCGACCUCGCCUCGAUGCAGGGCCAAUACGAGGUGGUGUGCAACAGAUUCUAUAACAAAUUCUUCUGGUACGUGAUGCCGUUGAUCGGCAUGGUGUUGUAUUUACUGAUCAGUGCUAUGGUUUCUUGAUUCGCGGCGGUGCUUUUGUUGUUUUUCUAUUUUUUUAUCGAAUAUCUUUUGAGAGUGAUCAACGCGUCGUAGUGGCGGGAUAACAGCGAAGUCGGAGGAACGGUGUGUUUUUUUUUUUCUGGUUUUUUUUUAGUAUGCGUGCAAAAAUGCUUGAUCGAUGCCCACGUUUUCUCCCCAACUUACAUCUGUUUUAUUUUUUUUUUUUUUCGAUAGCAAGCUAUUUGUCUUACUAAACUUAAGAAGAGAAAUAAUAUCUGUGUGCUCGUUCUUCUGUACUUUGCUGGAGCUUGCGUUAAAUUUAAAAUGGCGGGCGUGCAAUUUAAAAAAAAAUGCUUGUAUUUAAAAAAGGAAAAAUUUAAAUGUGUUCAUAUAUAGAUAGAUAAACGAAUCGAAUAUAUACUAAAUUAUACAUACAUUACUGCCGAGCAUUUUUUUUGAAAUUAAUCGAUUUUUCAUUCAAUUAUUAUCACCUAUGAAUCUACGAAUCUUGACACACGCAAAAAUAAACACGAUAUUCGAGAUUCGAUAGAUGAUUUUAAAUAGUAUUAAUUGUAAAUUAUAUUUAUUGUGGUACAAAUUUGAAAUGAUCAAAAAUAUCUAAUUGCAGGGAAAAUUGCAAAUGUUUUUGAUCAUAUCGCCGUUACACUUUCCUCGUUUGAGAAUUCGAUUUAAUCAUAGGAAACUGUACUAAUCGAUUCGAAUUGUUUAGUUAAUUUUGUGUGAAUCUACAAAACCGCUAAAUAACGAUUUAUUUGCCUCACAAGAUUACUCAAAAUUUGUUUAUCUGUACUCUGUAGAAAACUUUAAUGGUUCUUUAUUAGUUUGUUGAAUUAAAACUUGCCUCCCAUUGAGUAGUCUGUUUCGUGUUCGUAGUUUCGAUAAAGACGCGUUUGCGCAUUUUAGCUUCGUUGUUUCCCGAAGAUUACUAUUUUUUAAAUGUCCCAUUUUUAUUUUUUUAUGGAAAAUUUUUAAUAAAGUGCCAUACUCGUGUUGAUUUUAAAAUAUAAUAGUACAAAAUUUCGAAAUUAAAUUAAACCUACUACUCGAUAUGAUUUUAUUUAGUCGUCGCACUCGUGUAUAUGAUAUGUAAUGUGAUUAAAAAUCGUUUAGAACUAACAAAAUUUGUUAUCCAUGAAAUCAUGCGUACUGCCUUAAAAUAAAAAUUGUUAAGGCCACCGAUGGUUUUGUAGUGGAAGAUGUUUGUUAUGUUGAAUAUUAGAUUGUAUAAUUUCAUUAAUAUAUUCUUCUGUUUAUAAUUAAAUGUAUAUACUUGUAAAAUUUUAAGGUAUUUAAAGUUUAAAAGGCG